CUUUUCCUGCGACCCCCUCCAUCUUAUCCUCUGUUCCCCUUACUUUAUGGCAAGACGUAAAUAUUAGUGCAUGUGUUGUGAAAAUGAGUGACUGUAAAAUGUGGGAGAGCUGAACCCAAACAAGCGACUUUUUCUUUAUUUUUCUGCACCAGGGUGAGAGAGAGGAGGGUAAAUGCAUGUUCUCAGAUUUCACGUGCAGUGGGGCCUUUUUUUUUUUUCUUUGCAUGGUGGGUCAAAAAGCAUGAGAAGUGAAAAUUGGCUCCUCCAAUCUGCAGUAGUCCUGGCUUAGGCUGCAGUAGCCACUGUCUGCUCGAGGAGGGUCAAGUUCAGACUCAGAAGAGGGGAAAAAAGAGAAAGAAACAAGGCUUUUGUGUGUUGUUCUCUUUUUGUUGUUGUUUGUUUCUUUUUGCUCCACUAAAUGAACUUCCAGGUCAUUUUCAUUGUGACUUAAAGGAGCCCUUCACUGCAGGACAUGUGAAAACAUGAGAUAAUGGAUGGGAUUUUUUUCUCUUUCUUCUAUUUUUGUGUGUUCUCAUUUUUUUUUUCUGUGACUAAAAUCUGAAAACCACAAUUACAUAAAGUCUCACUGCUGCAGAUUUGUGUUGAACAUGAGAAGUGCUGUGUUCCAGGGGCAAUGAUGAGUAUUACACUGACACUAUACUCUGCCCUUUACAAAAUGAGAUACAACGUUGGUUAAACAAAGGCAAAGCUUCGACACAAGGAUAUGGUCCGGAAAAAGAACCCCCCUCUGAGAAACAUUGCAAGUGAAGGUGAGGCACAGAUAACAGAGUCUGCUGCAUCCAAGAGAGAAGACACUAUUAGCAGCAAGGAAAUUUCCACUGAUCCGAUGCAAGAAAAUAGUGAACAAAGUGACUCGGUGGAACACAACAGUGAUGACCACAGCUUUCAUGAUCAAGAGCCUUCCUCCAGCAUCAACAAGGACUCUGAAAGCUUGUCAUUAAGUGAAAGAGCUGUAGUCAACUACAGCCACCUUAAGGGAAGAAAUGUUUAUUUUUCUCCGAUGGAGGUGACCGACAGAAACAUGUUAGCAUUAGUCACCACAGAUACUAGAUCUGCUUGUGAUCCUCUUAAGUCCCCAAUAAAAUCAGAAGCUGAUGACACCCAAGAACUAGCCUCAUCUGCAUCUGUGGACAGUUUAGAGGCCAAAGAGGAAAAUGAUAUGUCACCAAGGGCUACUGACUUCACAGUGCAAUGUGGCAAAGUAGACUGUCAAAGCUCAAGUCCAGCUUCGGUGGCCUCAGAUAACCUACAUGUGCCUUCAGAUGGGAUUGCGGGGCUGAACAAAUCUCAAGCUGUUCUGCUGGUCAAUGACAAUUCUGAUUCAGCACCUUUAUCCCCAGAGCUUCAGGAUUUUAAAUGCAACAUUUGUGGGUAUGGAUACUAUGGAAAUGACCCCACAGACCUUAUUAAACACUUCCGUAAAUACCAUCUCGGCCUACACAACCGAACCAGGCAAGAUGUUGAACUUGACACCAAAAUCCUGGCACUUCACAAUAUGGUACAAUUUAGUCAAUCCAAAGAUUUCCAGAAGAUGAAUCGUUCUGUGCUUUCAGGGGUUUUGCAGGACAUCAACUCUCAGAGACCUGUUCUGCUAAAUGGAACAUAUGACGUGCAGGUAACCUUUGGUGGAACAUUUAUUGGCAUUGGGCGUAAAACUCCAGACUGUCAAGGAAACACCAAGUACUUUCGCUGCAAAUUCUGCAACUUCACGUAUAUGGGCAACUCAGCCGCAGAGUUGGAGCAACACUUUCUUAAGACGCAUCCUAACAAAAUGAAAAUAUCCUCUGAUUCUGGUAAACCUUCUGAGAAAAGCACCAAUAAAUCAAGCCCCAUUCCUCGUUCAUGUGAGCCUGGAGAUUUGGGAAAGUGGCAAGACAAAAUAACUGUUAAAGCAGCAGAUGAUAUGCCUGUUGGAUAUUCAGUACCCAUUAAACCAGUAGAUUCCUGCAGGCAAAAUGGUACAGAUGAUACCAACUACUACUGGUGCAAGUUUUGUAGUUUCAGCUGUGAAUCAUCCAGCAAUUCCAAACUGUUAGAGCACCACAGCAAACAACAUGGGGGAGGGAAAUCAGAAAGCCCUAAUUCAGAUUUAAAUGACGAGAUCUUCAGGGGGUCAGUCAUUAAUCAAAAUGAAAUUACCAAAAGUUCUGAUGAACAGCUCCCAACAAAAAUAGACAAAGGAUUGGCUAAAAAGAAAGAUGUCUCCAGUGUACCAACUGAGGAUAUUAUAGUUACUAACUACAAUUGUCAAUUUUGUGACUUUAGGUACUCUAAGAGCCAUGGCCCUGAAGUAAUAUUGGUUGGGCCUCUUCUACGCCAUUAUCAACAGCAUCACAAUAUUCACAAGUGUACAAUUAAGCAUUGUCCAUUUUGUCCCAGAGGCCUUUGCACCCCCGAAAAGCACCUUGGAGAAAUUACUUAUCCGUUUGCUUGCAAAAAAAGUAAUUGUUCUCACUGUGCUCUCUUGCUGUUGCACUUGUCUUCUGGGGUGACAGGGAGCACACGAGUUAAACACCAGUGUGAUCAAUGCUCAUUCUCCUCUCCUGAUGUAGAUGUCCUCCUGCUUCAUUAUGAGAAUGCACAUGAAGCCCAGGCAUGUGAGGUCAAGCAGGAACUGAAUCACCAGCAUGGGGCCGAUGGGCAGCCGAGCAUCAAAGAAAGCAAAGAACACUCAUGUACCAAAUGUGACUUUAUUGUCCAGGUGGAAGAAGAUCUGUCCCGACACUACAGGAGGGUGCAUAACUGCUUCAAAUGCCGUCAGUGCAACUUUACAGCAGCAGACACACAGUCAUUAUUGGAUCACUUUAACUCUGCUCAUUGUCAGGAGGCUGAAAUCACUACAUCUAAUGGAGGGGAGCACCAUGGAACAUCUUCCAUCAAGGAAGAACCAAAAACUGAUCUAAAAGUUUAUAAUCUUGUCACUCCAGAUUCCAAAAUGGGAGAAGCCAUAUUUGACAGCACUGUGAAAAAGGAGAAGUUUGAGGAUAAGGAAACACUCAGGGAGAAAGCUUGGUCUGAUGGUUCUGUUGAUGAUCUUCGGGGUGUUGCCUGGAGAGCACCAGACAUUUUAAGAACAAGCCCAUCUUACUCACAGAUGGGCUUGGGUCUUUUAACCACAGUGUCUGUAAACCAAGAUCAGCAAAAAUCCUCAAGAGACAGCCCCAAUGUGGAAGCAGCACAUCUAGCCAGGCCAGUGUAUGGCUUGUCUAUAGAACCCAAGGGAUUUCAAGGAGUGACAGCAGGUGCUAGUGGAGAAAAGUCUGGGCAGCAUACACCACAGUAUCCUACAGCAGGAGAUAGCAAAUCAAAAGAUGAAUCCCAGUCACUGCUAAGGAGGCGUAGAGGAUCCGGUGUGUUCUGUGCCAACUGUCUGACCACAAAGACAUCCCUCUGGAGGAAAAAUGCCAACGGUGGCUAUGUCUGCAAUGCGUGUGGCCUUUACCAGAAACUUCACUCGACUCCCAGACCGUUAAAUAUAAUUAAGCAGAACAAUGGUGAGCAGAUCAUUAGGAGACGAACAAGAAAGCGCCUUAACCCAGAAGCACUGCAGCCUGAACAGUUAACUAAACAUCAAAGAGCGAGUAGUGAAGAACAAGCUAAUGGAAGUCCUUUAGAUAUAAGGUCAGAGGACCACUCAAUGGAAGGUCAUCAAAGAGAAAAUCAGCAGCUUAGUAUGAAUAAAUAUGGGUCUCAAGCUUCAUUGACUAAAAGCCAUUCUGCUCAGCAGACCAUGAUUGUCAGUCAAACCAUGGAUAUACACAAACGGAUGCAACCUUUGCACAUUCAGAUAAAAAGCCCUCAGGAAAGCAGUGGAGAACCAGGAAACAGCUCAUCUGUUUCUGAUGGCAAAGGAAGCUCAGAAAGAGGAAGUCCAAUUGAGAAAUACAUGAGACCUAUAAAGCAUCCUAAUUACUCUCCACCUGGAAGCCCAAUAGAAAAAUAUCAGUACCCACUCUUUGGACUUCCUUUUGUUCACAAUGACUUCCAGAGUGAAGCUGACUGGCUGAGAUUCUGGAGUAAAUAUAAACUGUCAGUUCCUGGAAAUCCGCACUACUUGAGUCAUGUGCCUGGCCUGCCAAAUCCCUGCCCAAAUUAUGUGCCUUAUCCCACCUUUAAUCUGCCUGCUCAAUAUUCCUCUGUUGGGUCAGACAAUGACAUUCCUCUAGAUUUGGCAAUGAAGCAUUCCAGACCUGGAUCAGGAACAAAUGGAGACUCUAAAGAAAAAUCAAAGUCACCCGUGAGUGUAAAGGAUGAUGGUCCUUUGAAUGUAACUAAAAUAGAGAAAUCAGAUAAGAGUACGCAAGAUGAACUUUCAACAAAAUGUGUGCACUGUGGCAUUGUCUUUCUGGAUGAAGUUAUGUAUGCUCUACAUAUGAGUUGCCAUGGGGAAAGUGGACCUUUUCAGUGUAGUAUAUGCCAACAUCUUUGCACGGACAAGUAUGACUUCACAACUCAUAUUCAGAGAGGCCUACAUAGGAACAUUGCACAAGCUGAAAAGAAUGGAAAAAAUAAAGAUUAAAACUUUAGCACUUAGCACAAUUUAGUAGAAAUGGGGUUUCUGAAUAGAAAUUCAGUAGCUUGUGACUUCUAAUGAGGGCCAGUAAAGCACUUCCUAAAGCAUGUUCAAAGACUCUUGUUCUUCGUAACUACAACUUGUCAAAUAUUAGCCAUACGUAAGCAGCAUUUCCAGUAUAAAAAAAGUGCAGAUAUGGGGUGCCUUGAUCUAUGGUUUUCAGGAAAAGGAAUGCCUGAAAACUUAAUAAAGUAUUAAAAAAGGA